AUGCUGGGGGCUGGCAAUAUGACAGAUGCUGACGUGGCAGGGAGUGUGGGAGCUGACGUGGCAGGGGAGAGGCAGGAAAUUGAUGUGUGUGGGGAGAGGGAGAGGAGUGCGGCGGGGCGUGUGGCAGUAGAAGCGCAGUUGAGAAGCCUGGGAGAGGAGAUGGCGAUCUAUGAUGGUGACACACCCCAUGCUGCUCGCCGGGCCAUCCGAGGGCAGUCCCGCCUGAUCUUAUCGAAUCCCGACAUGCUGCAUGUCACCAUGCUGCCUGGCCACCGGGACUUCAUUCGUUUCCUCUCCAACCUGCGCUUCGUGGUGGUGGACGAGGCGCAUGCAUACAGGGGCGCGUUUGGCUGCCAUGCGGCUCUCAUCUUCAGACGCUUGCGCCGCCUGUGUGCUCAUGGUGGGUGGGUGGCACAUGCGUACAGGGGCGCGUUUGGCUGCCAUGCUGCUCUAAUCUUCAGACGCAUGCGCCGCCUGUGUGCUCAUGGUGGGUGGGUGGGAUCGGCAGUUGGCUUCUACGGCUCAGAUCCGAUCUUCAUAGUGUGCUCUGCCACGUGUGCGGAUCCCAAGGACCAUGUGCGAUCCCUGCUGGGUGUGGACGAGGUGACAGUGGUGGAUGGCAGUGACGAUGGCAGCCCCUGUGGUCGCAAGAGCUUUGUGCUCUGGAACCCGCCCAUCACCUUGCCGCCUGUGAGCAACCCCCUCUUGACCCCCACCCCAAGGAUCUCAGGUAGUACCGUAAUAGGGACCGCACCCCCUCUUCACCCCGCCUCUGCGGCGCGGCUCAAGGAGGCACAUGCCGCAGGUGCGUUGGGACUGCAGGUGCGUUGGUUGGGACUGCAGGUGCCUUGGGACUGCAGGUGCGGUGGGACUGCAGGUGCGGUGGGACUGCAGGUGCGGUGGGACUGCAGGUGCGGUGGGACUGCAGGUGCGGUGGGACUGCAGGCCAGCCCCAUAGUGGAGGUGGCGCUACUGUUGGCAGAGGUGGUGGUACAGCACAACACUCGGUGCUCUGCUCCUCUCCAUAACCUCUUCUUCCUCUCCUCGCCCACUCUCACGAUCCUUCGCUUCCCUUCCCUUCCAUCGUUUCCCCAUCCCUUCACCAGCCCCAUAGUGGAGGUGUCGCUACUACUAGCUGAGAUGGUGCAGCACGACUUACGCUGCCUGGCCUUCUGCAAGACAAGGAAGCUGUCAGAGCUCGUCCUCACAUACACCAAGGAGGUGUUGCGGGAGAGAGCACCGCAUUUGGUGGACACAGUGCUGCCAAGCCUUUACCACCCGCCUCAUCCCUGCCGCUUCCCCUCCCCUUCCCAUGCCGUGCCGUGUCCCACCGCCCAUUUCAUGCCUGUCGUGUGCCAUCUCCCAUUCUGCCACGCCCAUGGGUCCACACCACACACCAGCAAGGAGGUGCUGCGGGAGAGAGCACCCCAUCUGGUGGACACAGUGCUGGCAUACCGUCAGCCACUUACCAUGCUGUUGCUCGCCACGACCUCUCCCUCCCUCCCGCAUUUCCGCUCUUGCCUUGUGACUUUGUCGGCCCUGCCUGGACGCGCUUCCACUCUUCCCCUCCGUGCCCUUGCGUGCCAUGAGCUGCCUGUUGCCUGCCGCUACUGCACUCGCGCUCCUCUGAGGGAGAACCCACACAGGAUAGCUGAGGUAGUGCUGUUGCUGAUGCACACCGCCAGCCUCUGGCAGCAGGCCGGCCGGGCACGGCUGGCUAGGGCAGGCCGCAGGGCAGGCUGCAGGGCAGGCCGCAGGGCAGGCUGCAGUGUGCAGGGCUCACACAAGCCAUUCUCCAUGCCCACUCCUGCCCCUCAACCCCCCAACACAUCCCAUCAGGACCGGCGGCGCAUAGAGAGGGAGCUGUUUCACGGGCGUCUCCGUGCCGUGGCAGCAACAAGUGCUCUCGAGCUAGGAGUGGACGUGGGGGCUCUCGACGCCACCCUCCACCUCGGCUUCCACGGCUCCACCGCCAGCCUCUGGCAGCAGGCCGGCCGGGCAGGCCAGGGCAGGGACCGGCGGCACAUAGAGCGGGAGCUGUUUCACGGGCGUCUCCGUGCCGUGGCAGCAACAAGUGCUCUCGAGCUCGGAGUGGACGUGGGGGCUCUCGACGCCACCCUGCACCUCGGCUUCCAUGGCUCCACCGCCAGCCUCUGGCAGCAGGCCGGCCGGGCAGGCCGCCGGGAAAAGGCCUCUCUCUCCAUCUACGUUGCCUUUGAUGGGCCUCUCGAUCAGUACUUCAUGGCGGCUCCUGAGAGGCUGUUCUCUCGGCCAAUCGAGCGCUGCCAGCUGGACGCAGAGAAUCCCCUGGUGAUGCGGCAGCAGCUGCAGUGCGCUGCGGCGGAGCUGCCGCUGCUGGAGGAUGUGGAUGGGAGGUUCUUUGGCCCGUCAUUGGCCGAGAGGAUUGCUGAGCUGGCAGGGAAGGGCGUGCUCGGGAGGAGCCCGGAGAAUCCCGAGGUGGACCGUAGUUGGAGGUACAUUGGGGAGGGGAGGCGGCCGGCGCAGUUUGUCCCGGUGCGGGCGAUCGACCCAAACACGUAUGCGGUGGUGGAGACGAGGACAGGGAGGGUACUGGAGGAGAUUGAAGAGAGCAAGGCCUUCUUUGUGCUGUACGAGGGUGCAGUGUACCUGCAGCAGGGGCGAACCUUCCUGGUGACUUCCCUGGAUCUGGAGAAGCGGGAGGCACGGUGUGUGCGAGCGGAUGUGCGGUAUUACACCAAGACGAUUGACAUGGUCACUGUGACAAUAAAGGGGGGCACUCUGGCUUUUCCAUACCCACACAUGCCAUCAGCAAAGCCUGCUUCAGCUCCUACUGAUAUGAUGUCAGCACACACAGUGCUCAACGAGGCGAUGACCUCAGCAGCACAUGCAGCAGCACCCUCUGAGCCAAUGACGUCAGCACACGUGGCAAAAGGCAGUGUGCUGACAUCAGCACAGACAGCGCCGUGUGAGGUGACGACUCGGUGGACUGGUUACCGCAAGAUGUGGCGCGGGUCAGGAGAGCCGUUUGAAACGGUUGAGAUGACACUGCCAGAUGUAACGUACGCCACCCAGUCACUGCAGUCGCUCACUCGCAUGCUGCGUUUCCUCAUGCUCGGCAUUCAAACCGUCUCCGUCUCACUCGCACUUGCAUCUGUGGGGGCGUGGGGCGGGCAGGCAGUGUGGGUGGGCGUGGCGGGCGGGACAAAGGCGGCAGUGGAGGCAGCAGGGAGUGACUACCGUGCCAGUCUGCAUGCUGCCGCUCAUGCCCUCGCCAACAUGGUGCCCCUCUUCCUAUCCUGCAUGGCAUCGGACAUGGGAGUGGAGUGUGCAUCGCCCUACGACUCGCGCUUCUUCCCCCAGCGCCUCCUGCUCUACGACAAGCACCCGGGAGGGAUAGGCUUGGCGGUGCAGGUAUGUCCGAUAGGCAGAGGGGAAGAUACUCCUUCUAUCCACCGCCCCUGCUUUCACCGCUCGCCCUACGACUUGUGCUUCUUCCCCCAGCGCCUCCUGCUCUACGACAAGCACCCGGGAGGGAUAGGCUUGGCGGUGCAGGUAUGUCCGAUAGGCAGAAGGGAAGAUACUCCUUCUAUCCACCGCCCCUGCUUUCACCGCUCGCCCUACGACUCGCACUUCUUCCCCCAGCGCCUCCUGCUCUACGUCAAGCACCCGGUCGGGAUAGGUCUGGCAGGGCAGGUAUGA